CUUUACUGUCGAAGUCUAAGUGAACCGCCUGGUAAACCUCUGUCAAUAGUGAAACGCCGAUUUGUUGUUGGAGAGCGAAAGCAGUUUCAUCCACUUAGCCAUGGAAUCUCCUAGUGCAGCCACCGCUUCAGCUGCUGCCGCUGCAGCUGCCGCCAAACGCGUACAAAUCGAGAAGGCACACAAUUUUAUGCGUCAAUAUCGGGAUCCAGAAUCGCGUGAGCUAAAGAAAUUAUCAGCCAAUCAAUUUAUGGACGUGUGGGCACAUUACGAUAAAGAUGGUAACGGUUAUAUUGAAGGAACAGAAUUGGAUGGCUUCCUGCGGGAAUUCGUUUCGAGUGCCAAUGCCACAGACAUCAGUCCAGAGGCUGUCACCGACACAAUGCUUGAGGAGCUGAAAUCUUGUUUCAUGGAGGCUUACGACGAUAAUCAGGAUGGCAAAAUCGACAUUAGAGAGCUUGCCCAACUUUUACCAAUGGAAGAGAAUUUCCUUUUGCUUUUCCGUUUCGAUAACCCGCUGGAAUCGAGUGUCGAAUUCAUGAAGAUUUGGCGUGAAUACGACACUGAUAAUUCUGGUUACAUUGAGGCUGAUGAGCUGAAAAACUUUUUGCGCGAUUUACUGAAGGAGGCCAAGAAAAUUAAUGAUGUUUCCGAGGAUAAAUUAAUUGAAUAUACCGAUACGAUGUUACAAGUCUUCGAUGCCAACAAGGAUGGACGUCUGCAACUCUCCGAAAUGGCCAAAUUGCUUCCGGUUAAAGAGAAUUUCCUUUGUCGUCAAGUUUUCAAGGGUGCCGCUAAGCUGACAAAAGAGGACAUCGAAAAAGUUUUCUCACUGUACGAUCGG